UGGAUACAAAGAGAGUCAAAAUGGCGGUUGAAGUAAUGGAUGACUUCGAACUCGAAAAGUUAAGAGCUGAAAUUCAGCAAGAAAAACAAAUGAAAGAAAUGCUAGAACAGUCUGCAGCUGAAUUACGUGCUACUGUGGAGGAACUAGAGAAACGAUACGACACCAUUGAUAAUGAAGACCGAUCUUCAAGCAAACAAGGUCGCUCAAGCGCAUCAAGCUCUGAUGAUUUGGAUUGGAAUGAAUGGAAGACGAGGUACGAGACCCAGACAGAAAUAAACGAGCAGUUAGAGCGGCAGAUCCUAAUGUUACAGAACAAAGUACAGGAGGCAAAAGCCAACCUCAAAGAUGAAGAUUUAGCUGAGUUGGAUCUUAGGCCGGGGAGGGGUAUAUUAAAACGGAGAGGAGUGGCUUUCUCGGAUGAAUCGUCAGAGGAGGGGAAUGGAAAGUCAGUGGACAAGUGUAUUCAGGUGGACAGGACCAAGUCCAACCUGACAAGUAUACUGAAGCCCUCCCCAGAGAGCAGCGCAGAUUCCAAAAGUAGUAAAAAAUCCGAUCUCCCCCCGGAAACCAAGCCCAAACCUUUGAAGAGGACGAUUCAGAUCAGAACCAAGCCCGGUAGCUAUCUACCAGCCGGAAAGACUCCUAGAGACUUAAAGAACUUCGAUGACCUUUCUGAUGCAAAUAAAUAUAUGAUUCGGUCGCUUGAAAAAGAAAAGCAAAUGCUUCAAGGACAAAUGAGAGACAUUGAAUGGAGACUUGACCAAGAGUCCAAGGCCUACCACAAGGCUAACGAUGAAAGGAAGACCUAUUCCCUCGAGAUCAACUCUACCAAAGGCUCCAUCAAUGACUUCUCAACACGGACCAAGCUCUCCUCAAGCAGGGACGCCCUGGACACUAUUCCGGGAUCUCGAACUCCUAGGAGUAUGGGUUCUAGGAUAUCACUGAAUGAAAUGGACGAAAAUAGCUCUAGUCCUUCGCCACGGAGGUCCAAAAUUAAAACUGUUCGAAACACUAAUUACCGUAGCCUAAGAAAUUUGGAAAAUGAGAUACGCAAUAUUCCAGAAGACCAGAGAAUACUGGAUCCAAAACAUGGACCAAUCAAAAAGGCCGCAGCAGUCAAGAGUCUGCCCAGUUUAGAAACCACGUGAUUUCGUGUAGAUUAGGGGAAAGGCAAUAUUUUAUUGUUUUGCACCAACACACUGACCGGAUAAGCAUAUGUAGGACCUUUUAUAUGACCACUAUAUACCCUGUAUAUCUGUAAUCAUGUCAAACGGAAUUAUUCAUAUUGCAAUAAUUAAGACAAUUUUCAAUGUUCAGCAUCUUCAUGUUUCAACUCAUUUCGUUGAAUAAUUUAUGUAUUUUAUAUAAACUGUACUUUUGUCUGAUAUUUUUUAUAAAUAUAGAUAGUCUUUUUAUAAUAAGAAGUUUUACAUCAUUACUUAUCAUUGCAACAAAUUUGAACUUGUGAUUUUCAAAUGUCUUUAAACUUGAUAGAAAUACCAAAAUAAAUACAAGGUAAAAUAUGUCCUUUAAAAUAAAAACUGUAUUAUUCAUUAUAGCAAUAAUGUAAAUAUAUCUGGUUGAUUUAUGUUUUAUCUUCGAAGAUACGUGACUGUAAAUAAGUAUCUUUUAUUAGACACAACACUAUUUGCACAAUGGCAAGGGAAUAUUUAUUUUCUGUGAUAAAGUUUUUACUCAUUUUCAGUAUUUUACAUAUGUAUCAAAUGAAAGUGCUGAUGAAAUAUUGCAAAACCGUCCAUGAUUUAUUUGUAAUGUUUCUGAGAAAAUGAAAUUAAAUGUUAUUUAAUUUACAAAUAUAUAUCAUAAACAUGAUUUAUAAGUGUUGUUAAUAAAGAAAGAAAUAUAU